AUGACGAUGUUCCACGCAGUCUGUUCAGGCCCUGUUUCAUGUCUAACUCUUAUUCACAGCCUCAGCCCUGAACCUGAUCACGCAGAGCAGGCGGACCAAAAGCUGCGGUCGGCUGAAGGGGGGCAGCACAGUCAGUCGUACGUACUUCUGCAUAAGAUUUUGAGUGCGGUUCUACGCACAACUCUUGACCACCAUGCCAGCACGCAGGCUGCUCGGAGGAUACGGGGUUGUACAGUGAACGGCGCCUCACCCCGACCACUGCCAUGGAGUCAUCAAGACUUGAUAUUUCAACGUCAGUCCCCGAUGGCUUCUGGCAGAUAUCUUCAGUCGCUGCGAAGCACACGCACAGUCACUCACUGCUUCGCUCCCUACUUUUCAUCUUGA